AUGUUCAUAGUCCGUCAGUCAUAAUCAUUCACGGUCAGUCGAGAUGGAGGUUCAAUCGGGUCAGACUUCUUUUUGCGUCGUAUAAAAUUGAGUGACUGCAAAUGAUUUUACAGGAACAAUAAAAUUGUGUGAUGUGACGUGUAAUGUCGACAUAUGGUUAACAUAUACGUCUAUACAUAACCAAGUUGUAAAAAUCGUCCGCGCGAUGAAUUAAAAUUCUAACCUGAACUUGAACCUGGCCCCGAACGAUGUAGUACACGUUUCGUUGUAUUCGCAACUAUUAUUGUAAUAUAUACAUAUAUACACACGCGUGUACUGUUGGCGGAUCGCACGAUGAAUACGAGCACGACGAAACGGCACAUUUCUGCGAUCGUCUCGUAGCGAGGAGAGAAGAAGCAAAAAAUUUGGACAAGAUCGCGAAUGCAGGCGCACCUCAUCGCACUUGAAACAAAUCAAAAUGUUUCGCAGUCGGAGUUGGUUCGGCGGCGGGCUCUGGAAGCCGAAGAAUCCUCAUUCCUUGGAACAUCUUAAAUAUUUAUACAACGUCCUGUCCAAGAAUCAAACUGUAUCUGAGAAUAACAAGGGUUUGCUGGUUGAAACUCUACGUUCGAUAGCUGAAAUUCUUAUAUGGGGUGAUCAAAAUGACAGCAGUGUUUUUGAUUUUUUCUUGGAGAAAAACAUGCUUUCUUUUUUCUUGCGUAUCAUGAAACAGAAAUGUGGAAGCUAUGUGUGUGUUCAGUUGUUACAAACAUUGAAUAUUUUAUUUGAAAAUAUACGCAAUGAGACAUCCUUGUAUUAUCUGUUAAGUAACAAUCAUGUGAAUAGCAUUAUAGUACAUAAAUUUGACUUUAGCGAUGAGGAAGUAAUGGCGUACUAUAUCAGUUUCCUAAAGACAUUAAGUUUGAAGUUGAACGCCCAUACCAUCCAUUUCUUCUAUAAUGAGGUAAACAAGCGUACCAAUGACUUUCCACUGUACACAGAAGCGAUUAAGUUUUUUAAUCAUUCGGAGGGUAUGGUGCGCAUAGCUGUGAGAACGCUGACGUUGAAUGUGUAUCGCGUCGAGGACUCAUCCAUGUUAGCUUUCAUAAGAGAUCGUACGGCCGCUCCAUAUUUUAGCAAUCUUGUAUGGUUCAUUGGCGAUCAUAUCAUCGAGCUAGAUACUUGCGUCCGGAACGAUGCUGAUCACCAAAGCCAAAACAGGUUAUCGGACUUAGUCGCGGAACACUUGGAUCACUUGCAUUAUUUGAAUGACAUUCUGUGUUUGAAUAUAUCAGACUUGAACAAGGUUUUAUCUGAGCAUCUGCUGCAUAAACUGUUGGUUCCGUUGUACGUUUAUUCUCUGAUGAAACAGAAGAACGUUUUGUGCCAAACUCAGGACGAGAGGAAACACGUCAGUGUCGUGGUAGCACUUUUUCUACUUUCCCAAGUAUUUUUGAUAGUGUCGCAUGGGCCUCUUGUACAUACAUUGGCGGCUGUAAUGCUCAUGUCCGACUUAGACACGAUUCAAAUCGGGACGACUAAAGUACUGGAGAAGUUCGGAGAUGCCACGUCGAAUAAGUUCGUCUCUCUUUUCCUAUCGAGAGAAACGCUGGAGAAAUCUUCGGAAACCCUGACCGAGACACCGACGUCCGAGGAGGAACACUACGACGAAGAGGACGAUGUGAAAAACACGAAAGAGUUCGCUGUGAACUCAGACAUGUGCGAAGAGUUGGACGAACGGGAAUCCGAUCAUCCGAGAGCGAUUCGCACUGGAACAGCCAGAGUCCUGAGUAGGUUCGGAGAUGUGAUAUCGCCGUAUAAGCCUGCCACUUCCUCCCCGUCGAGGGAAACGUUAGAGAAAUCUCUGGAAAUCCUGAGCGAAAGGUCGUCGACGCCCGAGGAGCAUCAUCGCGCGGAGAGCAAUGUGAAAAACGCGAAAGAGAUCGCUGUAAGCGCAGGCGUGUGCGACGAGUCGCGGGGGACCGAGGAUUCGAACGAAGAGAAACAGCAACGCUUGGCGCUGGAGAGCCCGUUGACGCCGCAUCCCAGUCAAAACGACAUAUUCGAGUCGCUGGCGAAGAAGCCGUUUCUGGAAACGAUCGUCAGCUCCUUACUGUGCACGGAGAACGAUUACGCGGCGUUGUUCACACUCUGCCUGCUCUAUGCGUUAGCCAAUAACCAGGGUAUAAGUCGCAAAAUUCUGGACGUGAUCUUGUCGCCGUUCGAUGGCGCGUCUGUGAAAAAUUCGUACAAUGAAUUACUCAUGGACAGAUUGAUUCACAUCAUAACACUGAGCUGUCAGACGAAUUCCAAAGUGCGACUCGUUACGUUGGAGUUGACUAUCAAGCUGUUGACACAACUCAUGAUGUCCGAGGGACAAUGCGUGCUACGGGACUCGCAUCUGGCAGCCAUCGAAGCGGCGAGAGAACAGAGCACGUCUCUGCUCAAGAACUUCUACAAGAGCGAAGACAUCUUCUUGGACAUGUUCGAAGACGAAUACAGUGAGAUCAAGAAGCGGCCGCUGAAUGUGGAGUGGCUCAUGAUGGAUAGCAAUAUUUUACUGCCUCCGACAGGUACACCCAUGACUGGAAUCGAAUUUACCAAGAGACUACCGUGCGGUGAGGUGGAAAGGGCGCGACGUGCGAUACGAGUAUUCUUUCUAAUCAGGGAACUGUCUUUGACGUUGAACACGGAAACUGAAACGCAAUUACCACUAACCAAUCCGGCUAACUGCGUACAAGUUAACAACGUUCUUGAUCUAAAUAACAGCGACCUGAUCGCGUGCACCGUCGUAUGGAAAGAUGGCCAGAAAAUCCGACGUUUUCUAGUCAUCGAUGUUGUACAGUUGAUUCUCGUGGAACCGGAUACCAGCAAACUCGGAUGGGGCGUUGCGAAAUUAGUCGGCUUCCUGCAGGAUAUCGAUGUCGCCGGCGACAAGGAUGACUCUACGUGUUUAUAUCUGACGAUUUACAAACCGUUAAGCAGUAGCACCGGUAAUCGUAUACCGUUGUUGUCGGCUAAAUUCGUUUUCGACGAUCACAUUCGAUGCAUGGCCGCUAAACAAAGGUUAACGAAGGGACGGAUAAAAGCGAGACAAAAGAAGAUGAAUCAGAUUGCCAGAUUGCUGGAUAUUCCGACGAGCGUGCCUCAUUGUUCGACACCACCUAAUUACGCCUUGCGCGGCUUACGGCAUGAACGUCUCGGGCGCGCUCAGAAACAGAAGGAUCAACCGAGGCCAAUGUUCACGGUAAACAAAGUUCCUGGAUUCGCGGCACAAAUGCGUAGGGAAAAUACUAGGCCGAUGGCAUCGUCGAGUUUCAAACGCGAUGAUGCCAGUUCGAAUGAGAAGGCUCAUGAGAACGGUUUGCGAUCUAGAGACGGCUCGCCCAAGAUGCCAAGGCCGCGGAGUGAGGAGAUCCCUCUGGAGGACAUGCGAAUUCGGAAGGCAUCUUUGACAUCCAACGGGCUCAAUAUGGCGCGGCCAGAGAGAAGGGACAGUCAGAGCUGCUCGAGUAACAGUGAUUCUUCAUCUGUGAUCAGGAAACACUCCGAAGAAACAUCUUUCACGUCUCCACAGGGGCAAGAGUCGAAGCCACGUAGAAAAGGUCAAGUGGAAACUGUGUGAUCGCAAUCGUGAAGUUAAGCAAUCAGGCUGAUAACGCGGAUUGUAAAUGUAUUUUUUUUUUUCUUUAGAAAACUUAGAGAACAGUUGGAAGAUAUAUGUGCAAUCUUUCGAGUUCGCGAAAAUAAUUCACUUGACUAAUUUAAUAUAAAAAGAAAAACAAAGAUUAGUAGUAACGCGGGCGUUUUUAUCUUGUAACUAGUGAAAAAUUUUAAUUUCUAUUAUGUUUUUAUUAAAUGUGGGAUUGUAGUAGAAAUGUGGAAUGUUAGACAAAUUUACAUCAUCGGACACAACGGUUUUAUGACCAAUCAUGGAGAACAUAAGAAAAAUGAAACAUUGAAUAACUUCAUUGAACUAGAGCUUUUUUAUGUUACGAUAUUAAGGCUGUCUCGUAAGUAUCGCACAUUCUCUCCUUGAGUAAAAAAAUUCAUUCGAUUAAGCUGCCGAUUAAGAAUAUAAAUAUAUCACUAUAGCGGUAAAUAAAUCUUGUAACAAUCUUGUAAUUAAUUCAUGUGUAUAUAUCCCUGUUGGUUAUAGUUUUUCUAUAAUUUAAAAAAUAAAGGAAAUUAUUAUCA